AUGCAAUACAAUGGCCGCUGCCUGGUCGAUGGUACAGCUUCAGGUCGCCUGCUCUAUUCUGAUGUGCCUCUGAGCUUCGGGGGUGGUGUUGACCCAGUGUGCGGCGAAAUUGUCGAUGGACCCCAUCCACUUCGAGGUCAACGACUGAAGGAUCAUGUCUUGGCUAUACCAUCCGGCCGUGGAUCCUGCUCAGGAAGCGUUGCGAUACUGGAGGUUCUUCUGAAUGGUACAGGACCUGCGGCGCUCAUCUUCCAGCAUGAGGAGCAAAUCUUGACACUUGGCAUCAUUGUGUCGAAGAUGAUGUUCGACUUUUCCAUCCCAGUCGUAGUGGUUGGCGGUCAGGCUUUUGAGCAAUUGAAGCAAUACGACUAUGUUGCUGUGUCAGGUCGAUCGGUCGUGGCCAGCCAUGAACCAGUGGAAGUGCCCAGCGAAUCGCCGAAGAGGUCCUUAGUCGCACGAAGUGUCACCUUGACCAUGUCUGACCAAGCCAUGCUGGACGGAAAGUAUGGAGAGGCUGCUAGUAUCGCUAUGAAGGUCCUGUACGAGUCUGCAGAAGUGCAGCAGGCGGCAUCGUUCAUCGACGUGACACAAGCACACAUCGACGCGUGCGUGUACACAGGACCGGCCGGCAUACGCUUCGCCGAGCAUUUCCUCCAUCUUGGAGACGCAAAGUUCGCGGUACCAACCUCGAUGAACGCCAUCUCCAUCGAUAAGCGUCGGUGGCAGGAGAUUGGCGUUGAUGCUGAGUAUGCCAAGCAGGCUGAAAGGUUGGCAGAUGCUUACACCAAGAUGGGAGCCAGGCCGACCUAUACUGGUGCGCCAUACUUGCUAGACACCGUGCCAACAUCCGGUCAGCACAUUGGGUGGGCAGAGUCGAAUGCGGUAAACUUUGCGAACAGUGUGCUCGGUGCUUGUACGCAGAAGUACCCGGACUUCAUUGAUGUGUGUAUUGCUUUGACUGGCAGAGCACCCGCUGCUGGAUGUCAUGUUGAGGAGCAACGCGCACCAAAGCUGGUUGUUGAGGUGGCCAAGCUUGCAGCAUCUGAUGACUCGCUCUGGCCACUGUUCGGAUAUGCCGUUGGCCACGUCUGCGGUCCCAACAUACCAGUCGUGCUCGGCCUGGAGGGCACUAGACCGACCAUGUCUGACCUCAAGGCUUUCGGCGCAGCGUUCGCGACCACCUCGUCGGCGCCGAUGUUCCAUAUGUCAGGCGUGACACCAGAAGCGAGCAAACAUGAAGCCAGCCUUGCAACGUUGAAGCGAGUGCAGCUCAGCAAGGGCGAUGUAUUUCAGACCUGGCAGACCCUCAACACCGCUCAAGACUCCUCCAUCUCCCUCAUCGCCCUAGGCAACCCUCACUUCUCCUUCGAAGAGCUAACCACGCUCUCCACCCUGUGCUCCGGCAAAAAGUGCCACACCGACAUCUCCUUCGUAGUCACCACGAGCCGGCACAACUACUCUCAAGCGUCUCAAGCUGGCGCGCUGAAGAAAAUCGAGGACUUCGGUGCGCAGAUUCUGUGCGACACGUGCUGGUGCAUGAUUCAAGAGCCAAUAGCAACUCCAGAAGGCGGGCAUAUCAUGACCAACUCUGGAAAGUAUGCGCAUUAUGCCCCUGGUCUGGUCAAGAGGAAGGUGCACUUCGGGAGUCUGCAAGACUGCGUUGAUACCGCUGUUGUAGGGAAGAGGAAGACCGCCGUGCCGAGAUGGUUGCUGUGA